AUGUGGAUCGAUCUGCAUUUAAAGCACAGAAGGUGCCACACAUUCCAUCGUCGCAGACACAGCUGCCCCGCAGCCUAUGCCCGAUCCCUCGGCGUCUGCCCAGCGCUCCACAACGGCUCAUUAACCACCCUGCUGUCUGUCCCCACAGCUGGGCCAGCCAAGGAGACCAGGAGGAACGGGCUGGAUAAAGGGAAGCUGCCAGCCCCUCCACAGCCACGCAAGCAGGUUGUGACAGACACAACAGAGCCGGACUCUUCCAGAGAGACAGAGGCCACGACGGCAGCAGCCAGCGCGGCGAGCGGAGCAAAGGACGCAGGGACCAGCAGUGGCCCCAAAGUGACCUGGGCCAACGAUCCAAGCCAUCGCCACUUGGGGGGUAGCACCCGAGCAGCCAUGACCAACAGCCUACGCAGCCUCAUGAGCUCUAAAGUGGGUCAGCUCUUCCUCCGCAGCGUGGACAGAGCGCUGGACAAGUCGGAAGAGCUGAUGAAUCGGUAUCUGCCACUGACGGAGAAAGAGCUAGCUGCACUCACAAUGGAGGGGCUGGACGCCUCCACAGCAGACCACCACAGGAAGGGCUGCUUUGUGCGGCUGGGGUCCCUGUCCACCAGUCUGCGGAACCGGGCCUUCAUGCUGAUCCUGAAUAAGCUGAGACAGACCCGGCAGAACACCCACGAGAACCUCUCUCAACUCCACCAGACUAUCAACCUGAUUGAACACAUCCAGCAGGUGAAGCAGCUUCCUGGCAGCCAGGAGAAGCUGCACAGUAUGUGGGAACAGUGGAGCCAGAAGCAGGAAGUGGGCCUCCAGACCGAACCAAGAGGCAGCAAUGACAGUGGGUCCCCAGAGGUGGAGUCCAAGACCUUGGCGAUGUCCCGUAGUCUGUCACAGCAGCUGCAAGCUACGUACCUGAACCUAUUAUCCAACGUCAGAGGCCUCCCCAGACAUCUCCAGGAAAAGAUGCAGCAAGUGCAUCAGAACAUGGCGGAGCUGCACGGGUACUUCUCCUCGGCCAACUCCUUCCAAGAUUUGUCCGGCAACAUUCUAAGCCAGAGCCGGGAGAAGGUGGCCAAAGCUUGGGAGGCCUUGGAUGAAGUGAUGGAUUUUCUGUUGCAGAACCCUCCUGUAACGUGGCUUGUGGAAUCCUUGGUUUCCCUUGAAGGGGAGCUGCUGGAGACAGAGGAGAAGCCAGAUAUAUUGAAAGUCCUGAAACACUACGAGCCACAGGACUGCAAAGAUGACUAG